UCGCGCGUUUCAUUCCGAGUUGGAUUCCCGGUGCGGUUGGAUAUAUUCGCGAUAAUUUCAAACAACUCGUGUAUAUAUACUUUUACUUUUCUAUUAUAGAUUGUAUGUGCCGCGAGAAUAGUUUACCGGUUUUUGUUUUUAUCAGCAAAUUUUUUUUUUUUUAAUCAUUUAACUGUAUUUGAUGACACUAUUUCAUUAAUCCCAGUUUGUGAUUGAUCAUCAUCAAAAAUCAAGUGUUCUUCUUCUCCUAUUAAAUUGGAUAUUACAAUUAAUAAAGAAGAUUUCCUGUGAUUUUUCAAAAAAAAAAAAAGUUCAAGUGACUUAAUUUUUUAACAACUAUAUAUAAUUUUUUGUUUCUAAUCCAUUAUUUGAGGAUUAACCUGAGGAAUCUUCAAUAUUUGGAAUUGGAGUGAAUAGUUUCGGGGAAUGCUCGAAUUUUUUUUAAUUCGCGAACAAAAAGUUUUUAAAACUUUUUUUUUUUUUUUUUUGUCAUUUUUAGUAAAUUCUUGUGUUUCGGAAGUGUUCGAAAUACUUAAAAUCGCGAUCGCUUAAAUUUUUAGAGAAAAAAAAGUAUUUUGUUAUUAUUUAAACGUACGUUCGGGAGUGUUCGAAAUUUUUUAAAUCGCGAGUGUUGUGCUACAUUUCCUAUUACAUCAGUUGGAAGCUACAAGGCAAUGACGUCUCCUUGGUCUCAUUGAGGGCAAAAAAAAGAUUGUUCUCUCCUAGAAGAUUUUCAAAAUACACACUGGAUCAUAGGACAAUUGAUGUAAUGAAAUAUCAGGGGACGAAAUAGCUCAGAUCACGAUGACUAUGGAUGUGAGCAAGUCGGAGACUAACAAAAAUGGUUCCACUCAGCACGAGUGCGCCGGCUGUGGAAAAACAAUCACAGAAAGGUAUCUGCUAAAAGCACUGGAUCGUUUUUGGCAUGAGGAUUGUUUAAAAUGUGGCUGUUGCGAUUGUCGAUUGGGAGAGGUUGGCUCGACAUUAUACACGAAAGCCGAUUUAAUUCUUUGCAAAAGGGACUAUUUGAGGUUAUUUGGAAGUACGGGCCAUUGUUCGGCAUGCAACAAACCAAUACCAGCUUUUGAGAUGGUGAUGCGAGCGAGAACGAAUGUUUAUCAUUUGGAGUGUUUCGCAUGUCAACAGUGUUAUCAACGGUUUUGUGUGGGCGAUAAAUUUUAUUUAUGUGAAAAUAAAAUUCUCUGCGAGUAUGAUUAUGGUGAAAGAAUGGUGUUUGCCAAUAUGGCAUUGCAUCCACCUUCAUCUUUAGAACAUAUCAAGAGACAACUGCCCCCAAUGCCAACAGGUCCGGGACAAAAUUUUCAUCAUGGUCACAAUCCCCUUCAACAUCAAAAUCAACAGACGCAAGUUCUUAGCCAACAAAUGGGACAACAAAAUCAUUUGUCUAAUGGACAAAUUUCGGGUGGAACGCCAACAGUAAAUGGCACAGCAAUUGGAGUGGGUCCAAGGGGACCAGGUGACAUGAAUAAUAAUGGACUCUCAGGCCCAGGAAUGGGGACAGUAAAACCACCCCCAAUGUCAAUGUCAGCACCAACAAGCUGAGACGAGGUACCGCCUCCCUUGAAAAAGUUAAGAUGCCUCGACGGAUACUAAAAAAAAAAAUCCCCUUUCCUCACACCAAGAAUUUCUUGAGAUAUUACAAACAAACAAAAAAUCGAGGAACAAUCAUCGAAACAUUUUUCAAUUUUCCAUUAAAAUGGAGUGCUUUUUUAAUCCUUCAUUAAUGAUCGAUAAAUCUUGAGAUCGAAUACCAAAAAAAAAAAAAAAAGAAAAUCAUGAUUUUCCAAUAAUUAAUGAAUUUUAAUGGAUUAAAAAAGGAGAAAAAAGAAAAGAAGCAGAAAAUCGAAGUGAUAAAAUAUGAAUUGCAUAAAAAAAAAAAACUUGUCAUUUGUGCGAGUUAAGAAUAACUGUGAUUGGACUUGUGUUAAAUCGGACAUACAAUAUAUAAUCCAAUGCAGCUGGAGUAAUUCAAAUAUAAGGAAGGUAAUUCGAUUUAAAAAAAAAGUCGUGUAAGAUAUUUCUAUAGUGAUAAUGAAAAAAAAAACAGUAUAAAUGUUGAACAAUUGAAGUGCGAGAAUUUUGUAAAUACAUAAUGUACUAGAUUAAGAGAGCGAGAGAGAGAGGAAGAAAGAAUGAAUGAAUGAGAGAGUAUCGAGUAUACGGAAAAUGAGUUUAUUACUCUUAAAUUUUCACAAAUUGAUUGUUGUUUUUUUUCCUUCGUUACCUCAAGGAUCGCGCGAAAAAAUUGUGCCAUUUAUUACAUAUAUAUAUAUAUAUUAGAAAAGUUUGAAUUUUUAGCCCUUAUUGUUUAUAAAAAAAAUAAUUUUCCUCUAAUUAUUUCAUCACAAAGAAAAAAAGAAAAAAAAGAAAUUGAUUUUAUAAAAUAUUUUUUUUUAUAUUCUGGUUUGAAUUUUUAACUUAAAUUUUUUUUAAAUUAAAUUCUUUUCAAAUUUCUUAAAAAAAUUUUAUUCUCUCUUGUUUUUUUUUUUUUGUUAUGUAGAUAAAAUUAAAUUUUUUAUUCGGUUAAAAAAUUGAGACUUUACUCGAAAAUUAGUAUUUCUGAAAUAAAUUAUUAUUUUUGAGUUAUAAUGUAAAAAAAAUACAGAUUGGAAUUCAUUUUUAGAUAGUAUUCGUAUUUUUUUUUUUGUUGUCUUUUUUAUUAUAAAGCAGAAGACAAAAGCGCGAACUGAGUUCCAUACAGCUAACACCAAAGAUUAUGACCUAAGAUUAUUUACCCCUCGAUGGUUUCUUUCGACCUCGUGUAAUUUUAGAAUAUCCACAACAAAUAUUUAUAUACAUAUAUAUAUAUUAUAUAUUUCAUAAAAAAAUCAAUGUGAUUUAAUUGUCGUGUACAAUAUUAAUUUUCAUUUUUUAAAUGUUUAUUUCAAUUUCUAUUCUUUCAUUUGCAGUGAAUUUAGAAAAGAAAAUAUUUAAUUUCUUCGAUAUUUAAAUUUCUAAAUUUUUUUCAAUUUUAAGCGAAUCUACGAAAAAAAAUUGAAUUACUUUUUUUCAACGAGGGGUUUUAGUCAUAUAUUUUAUGCGAAAGCCAAAAAAAAAAAAAAAAAGAAAGAGCUACCGAUACCAAAACGUUAUAAAUUUUUAACAUUGUGUAAUAAUAAAAGAAAA